CGAGAGUAGACCUCAAUAGCGGCCCCGAGACCAGAGACCAGAGACCCGAGUCCCGAGUCAGCACUCAGCAUUCCCCACCUGCUCCUCUUUGGUGUCGGUCACGCUUGAGCGGUGUUGUAUCGUUGUAACAAUUUUGUGACUUACGCUCUACCUAAUAUCCACAGUGCCCAUCCAAAUUAAUCUGUUUUAUACCAUUGUCGAUUGUAAGUGUAUAAAAUCUAUUUACCGAGCAUCGACAACAGCUGUGUACCUGGCAAACAUCAUGGCUGAAGAUCUUGGUUUCUUAAAGAAUGAUGCAACAUUCCCAACUCGAGCCAUUCAUGAUGGCAAUGAACCUGAACAGUGGAAUUCUAUGGCUGUUGUACCACCUAUUUCCAUGGCCACAACUUUCAAACAAGAUGGUCCAGCUCAGUUCAAGAAAUAUGAAUAUGGACGAUCGGGUAACCCAACCAGGGAAUGUCUAGAGAAGUGCUUAGCUUCUCUUGAGAAUGCAAAACACGGUAUGGCCUUUGCCUCAGGAUUAGCAGCAACCACUGCCAUAACACACAUGCUGUCAGCUGGAGAUCACAUUGUGUCAAUGGAUGACCUCUAUGGUGGAACAAACCGAUACUUCCGAUGUGUUGCAUCAAGGAUGGGAAUCGAGGUAUCAUUUGUGGAUGCUGUUGAUGUCAAUAAAGUAAAGGCUGCUAUCAAACCCAAUACCAAAAUGAUUUGGAUUGAAACUCCUACAAAUCCAACCCUCAAGCUUGUUGACAUUGCUUCUGUGACAGCUUUAGCCAAGAACCAUAAGAAUAUUUUCACAGUUGUAGACAACACUUUUAUGUCUUCCUAUUUCCAGCGACCAUUGCAUUUUGGUGCAGACCUUGUUAUGCACUCACUCACCAAGUACAUGAAUGGUCAUUCAGAUGUCAUUAUGGGAGCUGUCUGCACAAAUCGAGAUGAUCUUCAUGAACAACUACGUUUUCUCCAGAAUGCCAUCGGUCCAGUUCCAUCCCCUUUUGAUUGUUACUUAGUUAACAGGGCCUUGAAAACCCUUGCUGUGAGAAUGGAGCAGCAUAUGAAAAAUGGUAUAGCUGUAGCGAAAUUCCUAGAAAAGCAUCCAUGUGUUGAAAAAGUCAUUCACCCAGCACUGCCAUCUCAUCCACAACAUGAGCUUGCUAAGCGACAGUGUUAUGGACAUUCUGGAAUGCUCACUUUCUACAUUAAAGGUAACAGUUUGGAUGCAUCCAAGAAAUUCUUCAAACAACUAAAAGUAUUCACCCUUGCUGAAAGCCUUGGUGGUUUUGAAAGUCUUUGUGAGCUUCCGUCUUUGAUGACUCAUGCAUCUGUGCCAGCAGAAGACAGAGUAAAACUUGGCAUCAGUGAUGGACUUAUUCGUAUUUCUUGUGGCCUUGAAUCCUCGGAAGACCUCAUCAAGGAUUUAGACCAAGCACUAAAUUCCCUAAUCAAUUAGUCGUUUGGAACAUUUAGUAAAGGCCACUGCUGUUUAUCUGGAUUAUUUUUGGAAUCUUAUCAGUGUGGCUUCAAGAAAAGAUAAGCUGGAAUCUGGGUCAUAUUUUUAAGAUAAUUUCUUCACUAAAGCAUUAUAACAAUUUUGAUUUUACCUUUAAAGAGAUAGACAGCUGUAAAUCAUAUAUGACAUAUUUUUGCCUUACAAAUAUUUUAAAUCCAUGCUAUGCAAUGUAUUAGAGUUUCUUGGCAGUAAUGUUCAACAUAGGACAUUUCAUGUUGUAUUUAUGACAAGUAGAAAAUUAUGAUUUAUCUUAUGUAUCUUCCUCAUGUUUUAAUUUACCAUUUUACUGGAUUUGAGAGUUAGCACAUGUUACAGUUUUUAAUGUUUCUUCCCAUUAAUCCAGGUGUUUUAAACUUACUAUUUUUAGUAGGGUGAUGAUGACAAAGAUUCCAAUAGGAAAUUUUUUCGUUUGGUCCCUCAGUUUUAUUCAUUUGAGGUUUGCAUAUUUAACAUGAUAGCAUAACUUUAUGUGCCUAAUUUCUAGUACUGCUCAGCUUGAGCAGUGUUUACUUGACUUUGUUCAGUGCUAAAAGUGUCCAUAUAAUUUUUUAUGCAUUCAUACUGUUAAAUACACUGACUUUAAAUUAUUUUAGAAUUUUAUUUUAGCUUUUUAUCAUUAUUUUUCAUGUCUUGGGAAAGAUGACCCAUGUUCUGUUUCUUUAGGACUAUUUUGUGUUUACGUUUCAUUACUUUAGACUCCUCCAUUGAUCACCAACGAUUUAGGGUAGAUGUACAUUUAGGGUAGAUGUACUUUGUCAACAAAGUAAGCAGAGCUGCUGGAUCCUGGAGCAUGUCUCUUGAAAAAUUUGUAUUAGUGGCUACUCUGCUCCUGCUACAACAUGAGUGAAAAUGAAUCUGUAGUUAAUGUGUUCUUGAAGAUCUCCAGCCGUUCAGCAUUGUACCCAAAGGUUUAGACAUGCAGGGUUCAUGUUUUUUUUGCUUUUUUUUUUGCACCAGACCCACCUACUUUUAUAAAGAUCAUCCAAACUCUGCAUUGUCAGGGGUAACUGGCACUAGCUGUAACCUUUCCAUCUUUGAUGUUACUUAAUGUUCCUGGAAGCGUCAUAAGUGACCAAAUCUCUGACUUUCAUAUGGAAUCAUCCUUCAGGCUGCAGGUUCAUAUACUCUUCUGUAUCUCAUCUUCAAUGCUGUUCACUUAUUGGAAGUUCCUUUCAUUAGGUCAUGAUUGUAAAGGUUUCAAAUUUAGACUUUCCACUGAAACAGGGCCUGAGAUGUUUUGUACUCUUUUUGACUAUUGCCCCUGCCCUUCUUCGCUUUGUCUAGGCUCUUUCCAGUUCUUGUUGUAGUACCCACCCUGAGCCUGCAUUAACAGACAUUUUAAGUUAAUAUGGAAGGUUAUGAUUAUGACUUAAUAGAUCACAAAGUCCUUAAAGGAUAAUUAUCUCUGAAUAGAUCACAAAGUCCUUAAAGGAUAAUUAUCUCUGAAGAUAUGAUUUCAUAGUGCCAUGGUCUGGGAAGGCUAUGAAAAUUAGGUUUCAUGCAGAUUUUUCUACCAGUGACUAUGUGGAUUUUUGUAUCCAAAAAAAGAUCCUCAAAGGAUAGUUGCAUGGGAUCCUUGAUGAAGCCUUUGAAGUCCUGCAAGUAUGUACGCAAAUAUCUGUACUGAAAAAAGCCCUAUGACCUUCAGGGAUGAAUGUAAUUCAACUAUGUCAUGAAUUGAGCAAGAAGGCAAAGACUUGGACAAGUGCUUGGCCAAUUCUUCAGUGACACCCAAGUAUUAUAUCUGUUUUUCAGUUUUGCAUUUCAAGACUCAUUUAGGAUGAAAAGAUUUCUACCUUUAAAUGUCUAAAGAGUAGGAAUUUCAUGCAGGUAAAAUUGAAGGAUAUUUAGAAAAGUAUCUCUUCCAGCAAAACUUUCUCAGCUCACUUUUUAAUACUGUUGUAUUUUACCUCUAAAGUGUUGAGUACUGUAAUGAGAUGUCAUCUUUAGUUGCAGGAUCAUAAUUAAUCCAGACAUUUACUUCUUUUUAGUGAAAACCUUUAGUCUAUAACCAUAAUUUUCCUUAAAACUUAAUUACUUCUCUGGUCUUCAGAUUAGAAUAGGACUGCGGUUUUAUUUCCAUUUAUCUGUUUUGAUAAGUAAUCUUUUAAGUCUGUGACCUAAUUUUCCUAUGCCUCAUUCUAGCAGAUCAGUAAACCCAAAAUUACAGAAUAGCUUUUGGACUCUAUACCUAAAUGCAUUUCCAUCUGCUGAUUCUAAUGUGAGAAAUUAAUAUUUGUAAGUUGCCACGUAGGGAGUUCAUUGUACUAAUUUCUAAAAGGGAACCUUCCAUGAUUUAUAGAAAUAUAUGUUUGAUUAUUUAUUGAUGUUAGGCUGAUGGACACUCAGUGCCCUCUCAUUAGAUGAUCAUGUGUGCUAACCAGGCUUAUAUCCCUCACAUUUUGUUUAUUAUUAGCCUUUAAAUUGUGCAUAAGCACAAUUUAAAGGCCUUAUAGCUUCAGGAAUAAGGGUCUACUGAAGUGUGCUGGGAGAUUUGUUUGGUCUUUCUGUAUGGUAGAUGAUGAAAUUGUUUUCAUUGCAAUGGCAAUGUCUUGCAGAAAGUGCCAAGGGACAGUCAGUAAUAUAACUAAAUAUUGUUCUCCUACAAAGUUGAAUAUUUUCAAUUAGGCAGUGUUUCGUAUGUAGUAAAAAGGCCCCCCUCUUUUUUUUUAUCUAUUACUGACUGAUUUUAGUCUAAACUCAGUUAUGGACAUAAAAUAAAUAUUUCUUGCUACAAUUUUUCUGGAAAUGUAUGAGCAUCGCUAUGCUUUUGUAUUUUUGUUUUUAGUAACUUGAAAGUUAUAAGAACUUUUUGUCAUAUAUUCCAUCAAAUAUAAAAUUUCUGGUUACAAUCUUUUAUAUAAGUGAAAAUGAUUUGUAAUUAUAUACAUAGAUUUAUAAUUUCUUUGAAUGUUUUAUCAACUUUCAUCUGUUACCAUCCCUCAAUACUUCAAGAAAUAUUAUGAAUCUGAAGAUAUGUGAUCAUAAGAAACAUAUUAUAGUAAUUAUAAAAUGAAUUUUUAUUGCCAUUCUCUUGGUUAAGAGUUUUGUUGUACCCCUCUUUUUGCAUAUAAUUGAAGGACCUCUUAUUGGUUGCAUGUAAAGUAAGGUUAGUAUAUUGAUGUUUAUUGUGUAUAACAUCUUUCACAGAAUUGCAACUUUCCAAAAAUUUAGAUAUAAAAUAAAACUUGGUACGUAUUUGACUCACCAGAGUUCAAAGGCAUUUCACAGAAAUUUUCAUUAUUAUUUUACUAUGUAUGAGAUAAAUCACAGAGUAAUUAAAAUCUGUAGCAACCUCAGAACUGUACAUUAUUAGUAUAUUAAUAUUUUUGUUUGUAAAUUGCAAUUGUAAACUUUUUUGUAAUAGUUUGUUAUUCAGAAAUAUAUGGUUAUAUAUUAGUACACCAAUGGCAUUAAGUAUUUAUAAAAAAAAAAUAUC